AUGCCUGCAGAGGACUACUCAGCCGUCUCAUCCGGCGCUCUGAAGCUCAAAGGCGUCAAUCUAUCCUCCAAAAUACAUAAACAUAAGAAGAAGAGACCAAAGCCUUCUGCACCUGAGUCCAGCACAGCCUCAGAAUCACAGCUUCAAGCAGCCAAAAACCAAAGGCAAGACACCGAAGCAGAGCGAGAGCACAGCCACGAGAGACCAUCCGAGGAUCAAGAUGAUGUUGCGAGAACCGUUCCGGAAGAAAUCGAACGCCUUCGCUCAGGAAAAACGGAAGCCGAGAUAAGGCAUGAGGAAAUUAGGAGGAAGAGACUCAAUGAUCGGCUGAAAAGAGAAGGCACGAAGACGCACAAAGAGCGCGUCGAGGAGCUGAAUAGAUAUCUGAGUAAUCUUAGUGAGCAUCAUGAUAUGCUGCAACUCGAACGGGAAUGCUUUUAG